GCUGAUAACUUGAUGACAUUUUAUUUUUGCUUCUGCCUUAUCGAAACGGAAAAGUAGGGUUAUGUUUUGAAGAUCCAACUAUCCAAGAUAGGAAACACUUGACUUGAGAAGCUACUAAUAUUUUUAUUCUGUAUGUUUGCGGCAUUUAAAAAGAUUUGUGAUAUCUGUGAUAAGAAUAUUGUUGUUAUAAAAAAUAGUGAAAUACAUCGUUUAAUAUAGUUUGUUUUUAAAGAUAUACGUUGAAUUGUGAAUGUUAUUAACUGAUAAAGAGUUUGAGCUGUUCAUGAUUUAUAAAUCUACCAACUUCUCUUUUCUUGAAGCUAGAAUAAAUAUAAUCUAUCUCACUAAAAUAAUAAUAAUGAGUCAGAAUGUCAGAAAUAAACAAAUAACUAAUAUCUAGCAAAUAAACUUGCUCUGACCGUAACUGCAUAGUCAUGGUUGUUUUGUAGUUGCUUGGAGAAAUUUCUUAUUAAGUGAAUUAUUUUGUCAUACAAUAUGAAUAUAUCUGAAACAGUCACUACAAUUUCAAGCUUACUAGAAAGCUGUAGUGGUCGUGAUCAAAUUUUAAGGCUAAUCUAUUACGGAGCGUUAUGUGUAUCAGACGCAAGGCUUUGUCGCCGCUUCUUAGGAAGUAAAUUGACAGACUUUUGUAAUCAUAUCAAUGAAUGUAGAACGUUUCUUCGUUUGUUUGAUGACAUUCCAAUGUUGAAUUACACACUUUCCUAUGGAUUGGGUGAUGAGGAAGAAGACACUCUGAUGAGCCUAUGUGGCGUGGCUGUGAAUAUCUGUGAUCAACUGUACUACCCUUUCGAACACAUAGCCUGGGCGGCCGACAAAAGACUUCUGUCCAUCAAAAGUGAUCGUUGGUGGACUAUAAGCACAGUGUGCUGGGCAUUCUCCGUCUAUUUCAGCUUUUGCAAGUGCCUUAGAUACUUCAGCAUUUUGGAAAGGAGGAAAGAAAACAAGAGACUAUCUGAUGAAAAUGAUAGGUUGGAGCUGAAACAAAUUGCCAGACUGCAAUUUAAUGAGCUGUUAUCAAUGGUGCAGUGCUUAGCUAACCUCGUUCACGCCGUUCAUUGGCUGCCGAGUGGCGUUCUAUGGGCGGGGCGAUUGAAAGAGUGGCAAAUCGGCGUUCUCGGAACCUUAGCCACUGUUCUAAGUCUCUAUCAGACUAUUUCCAAAAUAUGAUACAGUAAUACCAACAACACGUCGACCAAACGAUAUUAGGUAAUAUUUGAGGAGCGGUUUUGUAUCUUCAAACACGAGUGCCAAGGAAAGUGUUGGUUGGUCAGCCUGGAGGAAGACGUCCUGUAGGGAGACCAAGGGAGCGAUGGGAGGUUAGGGUGCGGAAGGAUGCUAAUUAAAUGUUACACUAUUGAGGGGAUGGAAGAGAGCGGCGUUAGAUAGAGAUGGAUGGAGGCCAGAGCCCGAUUUGAGCUGUAGUGUCAUUGGAGAGAGAGAGAGGGUUUUUGUAUCUUUGUGGCAGAUCAGUGUUUUUUGGAACGUUAGUCACUGCUCUAAGCCUAUUUCAGACUAUUUCUAAGAUAUGAUAUCGAUUAAAGAAUCCGAUAGCAAUUCGAGUACUAAAAACACACUUAAACGAGAUUAGGUAUUAUUUUAUGACCGGUUUUUAUAUUUUUUAUAUGUGGCUUGAGGCAGAUCAGUGUUCUAGAAACGUUAGCUACUGUUCUUAACCUCUAUCAGAUUAUCUUCAAGAUAUCGAUUAAACAAUUUGAAAGGAAUGCUAUAUUUUCUCCAUGGUUCAACUAAAUUAGUUACUGUUAUUGGCUCUCUAUACUGUAAGGCUAGUUACACACAUUUAUACAUUUUUGGAUAUCCGAUUUUUUGCCGUCCUCAAAAAUUCUAUUGGAUUAAACAUAUAAUGUUUUUAAAAUUCCGUUUAAUUUGAAUAUCGGGGACCGAGCUUCGCUCUGAAGUACAAAAGCAUAAAAAAAUUAUCACGAAAGAAGAAUAGUUCAUACAGAAAUGUUCUAUCUAAUCACAGAAAAUAGAGAUUAAUUCCCAGAGGAAUGCAAAAAUUUCCCUCACAGAGGCCCGGUUGCACAAAAGCCGGUUAAAUUUUAAUCCUGAUUAAUUUUACGUGAACCAAAUCAAAGAAGACCAUUUCAAAAAGAUGUAUCUACUGGAAUUAAUCAGGAUUGAAAAUAAUCGGGCUUUUUUUGCAACUGGCACUAAGUAACUGAUUAAAUGAUUACAAAAGUUCAACAGCUGAGUCAUAAUUUUGACACAGUCCCACACUCAUGAACUCGCUCACUCACUUCCAUCAUCAACAGACGACGAAAUAAUUAUUAUCAGCUGUUUUUCCAAGGAUAAAUGAUAAUUAUUCUUUUAAUGUCCUUUAGUGAGUUUUCCCAGGGAUGAGACCUAGUGCAAUCGAAUUUUUAUAUUAUAAACCUACUAUGUUCUGAAUUUCUUGAGAAUCGUUAGAGCCGUUUGUUUUUCGAGAUCCGGUAAUAUACAAACAUAUAAACAUCUAAACAGAAAUUGCUUGUUUAAUAGUAUAGGAUAAAAUUAAAAAAAAAAAAAACAAAAAAUCGAACAUCUAAAGAUUACGACGUGUGUAACUGGCUUAACUGUAGGUUGAACAAGAUAGUAAUGAGAUAAAUAUAAUAAUAUUAUAUUUAUGAUUACUCAAUAAAAUAUUGUUGAACUCCUUAUUCAAGUAGGACAUUAGUUGUCACAAAUGGUGACAAUUUUAAAAUUGUAUAAUCGUUAGAUUAUUGAAAUGUUGUACUUACUGUACUGGUUGAUUGGAAAUUACUUUAAAAUACUUUACUUUAAUAGUAUUACUUUAAUUACACUUUUUUAUAGCUGCUGAAAGUAUUGAAACACAGUAAAAUAUAUAAAGUAUCCUUUUAUUUUAUUACAGCAAGACUAUUUUCAACUCUUCAAUAGCCAUUUUUAAGUGAUUCACACUUCAAAUCUUCAAGAGCCAUUUUUAAGUGAUGUACACUUCAACUCUUCAAUAGCUCUUUUCUAUUAAUUUACACUAUCCAGUGAUUUACACUUGAAAUAUUCUAUUGUCGUCCAAUACUCCACUGAAUAUAGAGUGAUCUAUUUUAGUACCUAUUAUCUGAGCAAUCACCUUUUGUUUGAUUAGAUAAUUUAUAUUUAUCUCUCAAUAUAUUCUCACAUACAACGAUCGGUAAGGUUCAAAAAUAUUUUCAAUUGUUAUGAUAGGUGAUAGGCAGAUUUUUACAAUUUUUCAUGUUUUUACAAAUACACUUGAAUUAGAAAGUUAUAUAAUUGUCAUAGUCUUAUGUCUGUUGUUCAAAAUGUUAAACAAAAAAGAAAACUAUAACACAAAAGAAAACGAUAAUUUACUUAGGCUGAUCAAAACAAAGAGGUAGAGGAUUAUGACUGGUAUUAAUCAAUUACUGGUAUUUAUUAUUGUUUCAAUCAUUUAUACAGUUGUUAGAAUCUUUAUCUUUCGGAAUACUAUACUACUUGAUAGAUUAAGACUUAAUAUAUGUUGUGUGCUGAUUGACACAAUUUUGGUGAUAGAAGCUUGCUCAUUCAUAUAUUAUAGAUUAAAGUUAUAUCACUGUUAAAAUAUUGGUUUUAUUAAAUGUUUGAAAAAUUCAA